CCGCUUCUCCUCUGAAACCGCACUGCUCUUUUUCGGGAGAAAAAUGGAGGGAACUGUCUCUCCCGUUUUCUCUCUCUUCUCAGUUUGUCCUCACUCGAAUUUCUCUCUCCGCGAGAAUUCUCGUCUCCCGAAAAUCCCAUCGAAAUCCGACCACACUACGUAUCAAAUCAGGGCCGUCGUUUCAGCAGACAGAAAUGCAGCUUCGAGGGUUUCUCCUCAAAGAGCAGGUAACCGCACUCACCUCCUCUUCUGCCUUGUCUUUCGCCACCGGCUCAUGUUAACCCUAUCCACCUCUGGCGUGCUAACGUGCGCCAGGGCCGUCGGGAGCUAACAGCAGGGCUUUCAAAUCCCCCGAGGAAAACACAGAAGCUGCGUCCGGAGUUUCUGCCUCGUAGAGCAGGGCGUUUCAGUCCUGCAAGGAAGAUUCAGAAUCUGAACUCGGAGGUUUCUCCUCACAGAGCUGUUUCUGCGGUGAGAUUGUUGCGGAUAGAUCAAGGAGGUGCUUUCGCUGACCUUUUGAAUGACAAAGGAAAAAAUUCUAGUGAGAACGAGAUGUGUUACGUGGAAAGAACUCUUGGGUUUCGCACCCGUGCUUUGGAUGAUAGAGAUAUCAGAUUGGUGACUGACAUUGUUGGAGGUGCUGUUCGUUGGAGGCGUUAUCUGGAUCAUCUAAUCCUGUCACUUUGUAAUGACGAGAACAUGUUUAGAAGGAUGGAGCCACUUCUCUUACAGAUUCUUCGAAUUGGUUUCUAUGAGAUUCUCAAGCUGGAUAUGCCACCAUAUGCUGUUGUGGAUGAGAAUGUAAAGCUUGCAAAGGUAGCACUUAGGCCUGGUGCGGGUAACAUGGUGAACGGAAUUCUGCGGAGACUGCUUUUACUGAAGGAAAAAAACUCACUUCCACUACCCAAACUGGAGGGUGAUGAACGUGCGAAAGCACGCUCUCUGGCAACUAUUUAUUCACAUCCAGUGUGGAUGGUUAGACGGUGGAUAAAAUAUCUUGGGGUAGAGGAAGCCAUGAGGCUUAUGAUUUGGAAUAAUAGUGAUCCCAGUUUCAGCCUCAGGGCAAACGGUGCGAAAGGUUUUACAAGAGCUGACCUUGUUGAGCGGCUGACAAUACUGAAGGUUCCUCAUGAACCAUCCUUGCAUAUGGAUGAUUUUGUCCGCAUCAAAACUGGCAUGCAGGUGUGUGUUAAAAUCUAUAACACAACAAAAAGGACUUUCAUACAAGCGGGCUUAUUGAAAGAUGGUCUAUGUUCAGUUCAGGAUGAGAGUGCAGCUCAAUUGUGUUGGGAUUUGGGGCUUCUAGUAAGUAUAUAUUUCCUAACAGAUCAAAACUUAACUGCAGGUUUGGUGGUGUCUGUUGUGGAUCCACAACCCGGAGAGACCAUUGUCGACUGUUGUGCUGCGCCUGGAGGAAAGACUCUAUUCAUGGCAUCACGUUUGAGAGGCCAAGGUAUGGUGUAUGCAAUUGACGUAAACAAGGGCCGCUUAAGAAUUCUUGAAGAGACAGCCAAGUCACACAAUGUCAAUGAUGUCAUCACUGUUGUGCAUGCUGACCUUCGUAUUUUUUCUGAAAAGAUAUCCAAGAAGUUUGAUAAAGUUUUGUUGGAUGCUCCUUGUUCUGGAUUGGGUGUCCUCUCCAAGAGAGCAGACUUACGUUGGAACCGGAGAUUAGAGGAUUUGGAACAGUUGACAAAUUUACAAGAUGAGCUCCUUGAUGCAGCUUCAUUAUUAGUGAAGCCUGGAGGGACACUAGUGUACAGUACUUGUUCCAUUGAUCCUGAAGAGAAUGAGGAGAGAGUGGCUGCCUUUCUCCUCAAGCAUCCGGAGUUCACUAUAGAUCUUGCUGAUAGGUACGUCCCACCUGAUUUUGUUACGGACAAAGGGUUCUUCUUCUCGAACCCAGUCAAACAUCAUCUUGAUGGAUCAUUUGCAGCCCGCCUGGUCCAAUCUGUAGACCACAAGAUGAACCCUGGUUAGCAAGCAAAACGUGAGCCUCUCCUCUUUAAUCAAGACAAGGUAGGGCCAUGAUGGGAUACAAUUAUCCAACAAGAAACUUAUCUCUUGUAACUAAUGUUGUCAAUAUCGUUAUCAUAUUGUAAAUCGUAAUUGGGGUUGAA